AGGUCUCCGAGCCUCCUCGGAGGAGGGCGGGAGGAGGCGGGGACAGGCCCUGGCACGCGCGAGCCCAGAGAGGAAGCGGAAAUGCGUAUCGGUAUUAAAGACAUCGCCCCGCCUCCCGUCGGUCUCUUUCCGUCUCCGGCCGCCGCGCUGAGUGGAGUUGCCGCCAUGUCCGCGCAUCUGCAAUGGAUGGUCGUGCGGAACUGCUCCAGCUUCCUGAUCAAGAGGAACAAGCAGACGUACAGCACCGAGCCCAAUAACCUGAAGGCCCGCAACUCCUUCCGCUACAACGGGCUGAUUCACCGCAAGACUGUGGGUGUGGAGCCCGCGGCCGACGGCAAAGGGGUCGUGGUGGUGAUGAAGCGGAGAUCCGGCCAGAGAAAGCCAGCCACGUCCUAUGUUCGGACCACCAUCAACAAGAACGCCCGGGCCACCCUCAGCAGCAUCCGGCACAUGAUCCGCAGGAACAAGUACCGCCCCGAUCUGCGCAUGGCCGCCAUCCGCAGAGCCAGCGCCAUCCUGCGCAGCCAGAAGCCUGUGAUGGUGAAGAGGAAGCGGACCCGCCCCACCAAGAGUUCCUGAACAUUGCCACCCUCAAAGCAAUAAAGACAUCAGUCGCCUUUGUUCAGCCGUU